CCGAGUGGCAACUCACUCUCGACUCAUCUCAAACAGCAAAAAAUACCCGGAUCGCUGACGUGGCCAAAUUCUAAAUUUCUUUUUUUUGAAAUCCCGCCCGAGCCCGCGGCUUCCAGUGUGCUUCCCGGGAUUUCAAUUUUUUUUAGCUUUCCAAUUCUUCAGUGUUUACUAAAAAGACCUUUGCCCUCUUUUUACCCUUUUCCUUCCCCUUCUUAUCUCCCCUCACCCCUCUUGGCUCUUUGCUCUUUUCCUCAAAACAACAUCUCCUCUCCCAAACAACUCACAACUCCCCUGCCGCCGAUUCGCUCUCGCUCACUCGUUUGCUUUGCUUCUCGUCCGCCUCCUUCUCUAAUCCUCUACAGCUGAAGCAGGUAAGCUCUGACUCCUCGCGGUGGUGCCGGUCGCCGUUUCUCACUCGGUCGUCGUAUUUUCCUGCUCUCGCUGACUCCUGAUUCAUCCGUUUUCCUCCCCCACUUCUGCAGGAAUCGAAUCGCAAUGAAAGGAGGAAAAUCCAAGGCUGAUGGCAAGAGUACUGAUGCCGCGCUAAAGCCGAGAGCGGCUGGAAGAUCGAAGAAGGCAGUCAAGGAUCCAAACAAGCCUAAGAGGCCUCCCAGUGCUUUCUUCGUCUUCAUGGAGGAGUUCAGGAAGGUGUUCAAGGAGAAGAAUCCUAACAACAAAUCUGUUGCUGCUGUCGGGAAAGCUGCCGGCGAGAAGUGGAAAGCUAUGUCUGAGGCAGACAAGGCUACUUACAAGGCAAAAGCAGACAAAAGGAAGGCUGAAUACGAGAAGACCAUGGAUGCUUACAACAAGAAACAGGCUGGAGGUCAUGGUGAUGAUGACUCUGACAAGUCCAAAUCUGAAGUAAAUGAUAAUGAAGAUGACAGUGGAGAGGAGGAAGAUGAUGACGAGUAAGGUCCGGCUGUAGAAAGCUUUUGGAGGAUCAACUGGUACACUGCCAGUAUGAAGUGGAAGUUGCUUCUUCGUCUUCUCCUUGUUUAACUUCGUGAGUUAUAAUGUGACUGGGGUAAUGGAUAUUUCUAGUUUGCUGUUUAGAUUGUAGGGUUGUAGGAAACACAUCUGUAAGGGGGGAAGCCUUCCCCUCUCCUAUCCUAGUGCUCACGGUGCUCGUUUUUUUAUGUACUUAAAAUGCUUAUCUUUGACCUGAUAUGAUGAGUAAGUUGUUGAACUACUGAUCUCUUGUGUUGGUAUUGACCAUAUCCAGCCUCUUCUUUUUCUGUCAAAUAUGUCAUCUCCCUAUGAUGGUGGGGUGAAGUUUCUCGACAUUGUGGAAGUUUGUGAUUGCUGCUUUCACUGCCUGUUGGUUUUGUGUCAGUGUGACGUAUCAAUGUUUUUUUUUUUUUUUUUGCGGCCGCUGGCCAAGAAUCUGUGGCCUGUUAUCUAGAGGUCAAAUAUGAAAUAUGUGUCUUGAACCUUACGGAUUUUGGAGUCGAAUGGAAAUGUAUAUUACUGUCUUGAAUCAUUUAGGACAAAGUUUGAAUUCGUUCCAUUUGAAUUUUGUCUCUCCUUGAUCAGUAGUGUGCGACAUUGCUUAGUAAAAACCUUCUGAAUCCGAUACUCAGCCAGUCAGUAGUAACAAGUCAUGUACUGUGACGGUGUGUUUUAACUUUUAACUGAAGCUAAUUUCAAACUUCAUAUUGGCACUAGAAGUAUUAGGUAAGACACGAUUUUAACUUGCUAAAAACUACAAUAUUCCUGGCAUUUCUACUCGCACCGCAGCGGAAUACACAUAAUAGAUCACUGAUCAUAUUAGUACGGAUGAUAAUGGAGUCCUAAAUAUGACCUAGUUGGUCCAGCUUCACGCCUAUGCCACGAGCAGCAGAUUGUUGCAGUAGCCAGUGGCCAUGGCAAAAAGAUCCUCUGGCCAAGUAUAUGACCCCAGUCCCCAACAGAAUCAGUGGUCAUGCAUCACGGGUCCUGGGCUCCUGGCCAUCCCGACCAAACAAUUAGCAUAAUCGGUCGGCUAAUUAAAUCUCGUCCCGAGAAAUAAUAAUAAAAUACCAACUAAUUAAUAAAAAUAAAUGAGUCCAAAAAUUUCAAAUUCAUCACGAUGGCUCGUAUGGUUACAUUUUGCCAUAUAAAACAUGAUGUUUCGCUCUUAAUAAGAAAACACGAGCCUUUUUAACCCAUUCAUGGUGGUCAUAUCCACCAAGUUGCUGAGAAGUGGGAAUACCUAAAUGAAAGUACAGUUCCAUGUAAACCCAUGGUCGUGGGUAUUCGACCGCCCCGACCCAGUUAACACGGGGAAUCCUCGCUUUGACCGGGUAUGGGGCGGGUAUGGGUAAAACCCGCAAAAAGUUUGAUGGGUAUGGGGCGGGUAUGGUUUUAGCCUCCCUACCCGCCCCACUAAGACAAUUUCUUCAUAUAUAAAAAAAAUAUGUAUAUCAAAUUAUAAUCUAUCAAUGAUGAUGAGGAUAACUUGAGAAAAUAAAUAGUAGAAAUGCAA